UUUUAGUCACUGUAUUUAGUCAUUAGUAUUUUUUUGUUCAACCUACAGUACUACCCCACAUCACCCCUUUCGAAUUUGAGGGUGAGGCCAACACCGGCGACAGUGUCCAACUGACGUGUUACGUAAGCAAGGGCGACUUCCCUUUAUCUAUUAAAUGGCGGCUGAACGGCAAAGAAAUCGAAAACUCGUGGGGCAUCGCCAUGAUCCCAAUCGGUACUAGAACCAGCCUCUUAACAAUAAACGCAGUACAACCGGAACACGCAGGUGUCUACACGUGCGUCGCCACUAAUAGGGGCGGCAAGGCGUCCCACUCCGCAGAGCUACUCAUCAACGUACUACCACACAUCACCCCGUUCGAGUUCGAGGGAGAGGUGAACACGGGCGACAGCGUCCAGUUGAAUUGUUACGUGAGCAAGGGCGACCUACCCUUGAACAUAACUUGGAUGCUGAACGGGAAGCCGAUCGAAACGUCCUGGGGCAUCAGCAUGAUACCCAUCGGUACCAAGACCAAUCUGCUCACCAUUAACUCGGUGCAACCGGAACACGCCGGCGUUUAUAAUUGUGUAGCUUCGAAUAAAGGGGGAACUAGUACACAGCAAGCUGAAUUGUUUAUUAAUGGUACUUAAUUUUUUAUUAUUAGUUAUCCUUGCUUCACAGUCUCCCC